AUGGAAACGAUGGAGAUGCAACAACAGCUUGCAGGUUCGGAACCUGAUCCCGAGGACUAUCGCAAAAACAUUCGCUGCAUCUUUGCGUCGCUGUUCUCGGGGGUUGCCCUGUCGGCUGUAACAUUGGGUCCGCUAUUUGAUGCCUACUUACUGAACAUCGGUGGAGUGAAUGGCAACAAGUUGGUGGGCGCCGUGGAGUCCACGCGAGGAAUUCUGCAGCUAGUGCUUGCAUAUCCUAUCGGAGCCAUGUCUGACAAGAUGUCGCGAAUUCGGCUGAUGAAGUGGGAUUUGCCAUUUUGGACUCUCGGACUUGGAUUGUUGGUCAUCGGGGUGGUGCUUGACAACCUGCCCCUUCUGUUCAUUGGCAUCGCGAUUUGGGCACCGUGCUCCCAGUGCUGGAAUAGUACUGCUCAAGUUGUGGUGGCCGAUUCAGCACCAGCUGGCGAGCGCACCAAGGUGAUCUCGCGAAUGACUUCCCUUCGCCUGGUAGCGCUUGCUUCAGGACCGCUGCUGCAAGCCCUGAUGCUUUUAGCAUCGCGGCAGAACCAUUGGGGCAGCUCAUUGCUUCGUUCCGUAAUUCUCUCUGGAUGUGUGCUGUGGCCGGGUGUUCUGCUAUGGACUUUGAGAUUGCAAGAUGUCCCGCCACUGGAGAAAACAACAGGCAACAGCCGGCAGACCGAACAAUCUGUUUUUGAUGCCGCCUGUUUGGAUCGUCGACAUCUCGGCAUUCCCGUUAGGUGGUGGCUUGCAGGGACGCUUGAAUUCACGUCGUUUGUCACAGCCAUGGGCGCUGGAAUGACAGUCAAGUUCUUCCCACUCUUCUUCCGGGUCGAUUACCACUUCACACCCUUGGAGAUAUGCAUCUUGAGCUGCGUAUACCCACUCUGCAUCUCGGCCAUGGUGGAGAUCUGCAGGAGAGUGUCCAAACGACUUGGUCGUCUCAUGGCGGUGAUGCUUUUCCACUUUCUUGGCACAGCAUGCCUUUGGGCGAUGUGCUACAUUCGACCGCUUGUCUUUGUCCUUCCGCUGUACCUGUUAAGGGGCGCGCUGAUGAAUGCAAGAGGUCCGAUUGUUCGUUCGAUAGUCAUGGACUUGGUGACCUCUGAUCUUCGUGGAAGAUGGAACUCCAUCCAGUCCCUGUCUGGGUUCACAUGGUCUGGCAGUGCUGCUUUAGGGGGCUACUUGGCCGACUCUGCCGGUGAUUAUCGAUUCACCUUCGUCGUCACGGCUUUGAUCUACACAGUCUCGUUCUUCAUUGGCUUGCCUCUUUAUUUCAUCUAUCCAUCCGAGAAGGUUCCCGCUGCAAGCCCGCAAGCGAGGGACGUGUUGCCUCCUGCAGGCCCUGGAACCACUGGAGCUGCUGCAGGCUCGCGUGCUGGAUGA